UAGUUUCCGGUUCAUGAUAAAUUAGAUAGAGAGAAAAGGCGACAUAGUUGGAUGACAGCAAGUGUGUUGGCAUUCCUUUCUGUUUAAAAAGAGAAAGUUCAUAAUAGUAAAGCCGCCCCAAAUCCUCCUGCUGUCCUAUCAGACUCUCACUUCUUUGUCUUCUAGGACAGCUUAUUAUGGCAGAAGAAGAAGAAGGGAGGAUCGAUAGCGAGCAGCUAAAGGAUGACUCAAAGCCUUCAUUUGCUCCAACAGUUAAUAUUAUAUCGCACUACACCUUGCCCAUUGAUUAUCCUGACUCACCCUCUGAUGAUGAUGAUGAUGAUGAUGAUGAGCCUGAGGAAAGAACCGAAACAAGCAUAUCUUCUGAGACAGAAGUGCAUGACAAUCAAACAAAGUCAUUAUCUGCUGGAGAGUGUCAUUCACCUAAAGAUCAUUGUGUAAUACCUCCCUCUUCCAAUAAUGAGCUUACAUUACUACAGACUGCUGCUGUAGCUAACAAAGAAGAAGCUUUGGAAUCCCAGAUACAAGACACUGAUAAUGGAUGCAGUGGUGCUGGAUCUCGGACUGCUCCUUGUAUGAUUAAAUCAACUGAUAUAAGUGUGGUUUAUUGUCAUAGUACUACAGUUAUUACAACUGUGUCCACUGAAACUCAUUAUUCUCAAGCACUUCAACCACUCUCUUCGUCAACCCCUUCCUCCUCUUCUUUUUCUAUUAGCUCAUAUAUAGAAACAAAAGGGAGUGGACCAAGCACCUUAAACAAACCAAGUAGUCAUGAUGCUGCCCCUACUAUAUCUAAUGAUGAUGCUUCUAUCACUGAUGUCUCAGAUACUCAGAAGGUUUCAGAGGAUGAGCCGUCUGCUGCUAUUGAUGGAGGGCCUGUGGUUGAAACCAUGAGAGGAAGUUUUGGAGAGAAUGAAGAGACAUCAUAUCCUGAAGUGACUGAAGGAGACAACUCCUCUGAGGAGCAUCAUGCUGAUUGUAUUCAGGACUCAAUAGAAGAGGAAGUAAGGCUGGAUGAGAAAGAUAAAGGCCUGGGUAUGAUAACCAAGCCUCCUGCUAUUGAUCUAAACAAUGACAUUGUUGAAACAGCUGAAGAUAAUACCAGUGAAACAGAUGAAGACAGAAAUGAGGAGCCAAUGGAAGUAGUUAAUGAAGAAAGACAAGAGCUGGUCUCUGCUACUGACAAGAAUGAUGGUCAAAGUUUAUCCUGUGAUAUCAAUCAAACCAAAGAUAUCUCAGUCGGCGAAGGAACUACUGUACCUCCUAUUGAAAUGAAUGAAGUAAAAGCAGAAGAAAACUGUUCACAAAUUGAGAGUGUUGAAAAGAUACAGACUGGGUCCAGUGCUGUUUCUAAUAUAGUAGCACCCAAAGUAAUGGUAAGAGAGGAGAAAGAGGAUCCUUAUGAAGCAACUAUUGAACAUUUGUCUGAAUCUACUGCUGAGGCCACUGGAAUGACUGGAUCAUUUAAGAAAGAAGUGCAUAGUCUGAUAGAAGAAGCCAGUGAAGUUACUGCUCAUGUAGAAAAGGACAGUGACACUUCACUCAGAGAAACUGAUGUUAAAGAUGUCUCAGUCCAACAAGAAGAAGAAGAAGAAGUAUUGAAAAUGGAAGUGGUACCGUGCAUCAAAGAAAGUGAAAUUAAAUGUUGUAAUGAAGAAUUACAUGAAAGUGAAAAUGAAGUCAUGGAAGGAGCUAACUUGCCAGAAGAAGCUAUGGAGUGUAGCACAGAUUUGCUCGAGAGAGAAGAUGAGAAAGAGAGAAAGUCUUUAAGCAUUGUCACAGACUCUCAAGAAGAAAUGAAGGAAGAGCAGCAAGAGCUUCCUACUACUAAAGAUAAUGUGCACGAAUCAAGCUCUACUGCUAUAUCUGAGGAGGAAGCUGUUUCUAAUGAAGAGCAUCAUGAGGUUGAAAGAGUUGCCAUUAUUACUAAAGAAAUAGCCAAUGAUGAUGAUGAUGAACAAGAAACUGAAGCUGAGGAAACUGAGCAAUCAAAAUCUGAAACUGAUGUUAGUAUAGAGACAGAAGGCAGUGGAGUAGCUGAGGAUGAUAAUGAAGAAGAAGAGAAGGAGGUAAUGGAUCCACCAAUCACUGGUAGUGCAUCAGAUAAUAAUGUACAAGAAGUAAUGAGUAAUGAUGCUACUACUAGUGUACCAAGCGAUAUACAGGACAAUGAUACUGAGCAGGAAGUAGUAACAAUCAGUAUAGAAGAAGAAGAAAUAACAAGUGAUGCAGUGGUAGUGGUAGUAGAGGCUGAAUCAGAAAAGGAGGAGGUUGAGUUAGUUGCUAAUGAGAUAAGUGAGGAUGCUGGUGAUGUACCAGUAAGUAUUACUAAUGAACUUAUAGACACAUCCUCCAGUAAUCAUCCUCAUACACCCUCUCCUCGUGAUGGAGCUGGAGGCUCUUUUGACACCAAGACUGAGGCUAAACUGGUACCAGAGUCUGGGUCUCAAACCGUGCUACCUCCUCCCUGUCCUGUUGUAUUGCCUUCGCUCUCACCAGAUUCUCUCACUCUCUCGUCAUCUUCAAACAAUGUAGUUUCUUCAAUCUCUAGUCUUUUUUCAACACUGCCUCCAUUCUCCUCCAUAUGUGCAUCUCCUAUAUCUCUCUCAUCAACUCCAUGUGCUCCUCCUCAUAAUGUUAGCUCUUCGUCUCUUCCACUCACAUUUGGCUCUUAUCACAAGACAAUACCUCAUCACGUCUCUGUCUUGACGAGCCACUCGUCUCUUCCCUCUAAUGUGACCCCACCUCUUUCUUCUAGUUUAACCACACCCCCAGAGGAUAAUUCUCAAGUUACGACAACUCAAGUAUUAGUCAAUACUGACUCUGUUACAAUUUGUAGUGCUACUAGUAAUGAAGAUAGUUCUUCCCAAGUGUCAUCUUCUCUUUCUUCUUUUUCACCCUCUCAUGCUGCUGUUCUCUCAACUGAAGCUUCUGUGUCCACGGGUCCUGUUGUUUCUAUGGCAACUCCCCCUGAGGGCAGUCCCUGGAUGAUGAAGGGUAUAAAGUUGGAAGAGAAGGAGUGGUUAGAGACAGGGGAACCACCUGGUCUUGGUGCAAAUGAUGUCACUUCUCAGCAGUUGAAACUGGCACAGCAGAAGCUUGCCAUGUUACAAAGACACUCUUUCUCGCCUCUUUAUAAGCCAACCGACAUUUCAUCUCUUGAAAGAGUAGGCUCUGAUUCUCAGAAUAAUGUAUUCUGGUAUGAUGGGGGUCGGAAUCUUUAUCAGUCUCCACCUAUUUGGGAUUCAUUUGCCAAACCAAAAGAAUCUGAGCUAGUUCUAGUCUGCAAGUCCUUCAUUCAAUGGCAAAACAAACUAAAGCAGUUGAGGUCCAGCUGUCAUGAGCCGGACUCAAAACUGGCACAAAUUAUAAAACAAAUGUAUCUCUCAAGAGUUAAAAUAGCAACAAAGCGUAAGACCAAAGACCCAGCUGCCACUUCUACCCACCGGCAAAGAAACAUUUCCCCAUUGACCACGUCCUCAAUAGCACAGAACAUGGCAUCAGCAGCUUCUGCUGCUAUCCAACAAGCCUCAAAUCUUACGUCACUUCAAGUGCCCCAGGGACUCCCGCAGGGUUCCAUACUGGUGGUACCAUCAUCUAACAUGUUACAGGGAGGUGGGGGUACUGGGGGAUUCUCUGGUGUCCCUCUAUUGCUUGCUAAUACUGCAGUCAUAGUUCCUCGAAAUAUAGAGACACAGUCCCCUCUCUCAUCUUCUCAGUUUACAGCUUCACGAAUGAUUUCAUUUGAGUCUCCUCAUCCUACUCUCAGUAUUAGAGAAUCUCCUGAUAUCACAUCAAGAGAUAAAUCACACAAUACCAAGAAGAACAAGACAGACUCCAAGCCGCUCCCCCCUCCUUCGUCAGAGGAGGAGGUCGUCAUUCAAAGAGUCGAAGCACCCAAAAACAUUUAUCAGCCUUAUGCCGCUGUUUCCGUGGCAACUAACCCCGCCCAACCCAAGCACUCAUUUUUCACGCCAGUCCAGUUGAUGAAGGAAGGGGAAGAGCUCUCAAAGAAGAAACAGCCACAACUGUUCUUUACUCCUCCUCAAAGCAGUAAAGAGCCUCUGUUCUCAGCUAGUGGGGUCGAGAUACUGAAGGUGGAGCCAGAAGCUGAGAUGGGCCUGAUAGAUAAGAACACAAAGUCCUUGGAGAUAUUAGAAGAGGUCCCUAUAAGAAAGGUCUCACUGGAUUCUUCAUUCACCGCUCAUGAGGGGACACUAGUCUAUCAGUCAUUCUCACAGCAACAGAAGGACCCUCUUGCUGCCAGUGGACAAACAAAUCAUAAUGAAGUCCCUCCUACUUCCUCUUCUCAAAUUCAUCUACCUGUUGUCUCCAUAGCAACAGGUCCUCCCCCACCCACUACUUAUUCUCAUACCAUGAGUGAGAGUAAUGCCAUAGCUGCAUUGACAGAACUAGCUACUAAAGGAAGGACGACACAAGAGGUGAUGUCAGCAAAGACACUGCUAUCAUUGCACGGGCCGGGGGGACAACCCCUCCCCUCUGUACCACCGCUAGUGCCACCCACUUCCGGUGUUUUGAGUCGACCAAAGAAAACUCCUCGUAAGCAAAAACCUGUUGCUUCUGCACGUUCUAUUGUGCUCCCUGCUAACCAGGGCAACCCUCCUCCUCCUUUUGUGACUCCUCCCACUGCCAAUGUCAAUAAAAAUCAUUCUAAUAGUCCAGCAGUGUCUGAUGCCAAACCAAAAAGGAAAGAAUACACACCUCAGGAGCUGCUAAAGAUACUCGAGAUACCCUCAAAACCGAAUCAGUUUGAAGAGCCCUCGCCCUCCGCUGGGAAUAACAAGAAACCUGACCCUACUGGAACUCAAGACCCAAGAGUCUCAUCACCAGUUAAACCGGUGGAGUCCUUUCGUAAAGAGACCCCCCAGCAUUAUAGAGUACCUGAUAAAGAGCUUUUGACGUCUGUUCAGAAAGGGGGAGGAGAGUCCCGUAAGGAGUCUCCAGCGAUUAGACAAGAAGGGGCAGAGUCUGAGAGUGAUUCUAGUGAGAGCAGCAGUGAGUCUGAGAGCAGCUCUGAUGAUGAGAGAAAAGACAAAGUGAAGAAACAGUCAGUCAAUAAUGGAUCAAGACAAGUACAACCUCUCCUGUCAUCAAGAGUAACGUCACAGGGAGGAGCUCAGUCUUCAUCGUCUUCCUCCUCCUCUGACUCCUCCUCUUCUUCCACUGAUGACAGUUCUGAUGAUGAUGAACCGCCGCCUGUCGUUCAUUCUAAGCCAAUCAAAGGGAAGAAAGGAGGUGCGGUUAAGAGCAAGGCUCCUGUUAAGAGACAGAAGGCUACUGGUCGUUCUGUUAAAGACCUCUCUCGCUCGGUUUCUCGUCCUGUUAAAGCUCUGCAGCAAAAAGCAGCAAAGAAACCUCAGAAAUCUUCAGCUCCUGUUGAGUCUAAGAAGCAACAGAAAGCUACAACCGUCAAAAGAUUACAGAAGAAGAAACCUUUGCCGGUUGUUAAAAGUCAAGCCCCAACCAAAAAAGGGCGCGCCCAACGACCUCCUGCUCGUCAAAAGAAAGUCCCAUCUUUAAUUGUUAGUAUAUUGAGACGUCACUUGGAGGCAGCCAAGAAAACAGAGAGAAAGAGGAAGCAGAUACAAGAACCAGACACCGAGAAUGAAUCUAAUGAUAGCCCCUCCACUGGCUCUCCUCCUUCUCCUGGUAAAUCCUCUGGCAGGAAAGACAGCUCUGGCCCAGCCCCUGACCUCAAGAAGUAUUUCAAUCCGAAUCAUGUUGAUCUAAAGACCCUCAGCGAACUGACACAGAGCGUAGAGCCAGGGAAAGACGGAGGCUCUCGCUCAAAGAGGACCUGUGUUAGAGUUAGAGAGGAAAUAGCUAAACUGAAUGAGCUCUUGGACGCUAAUGGUGAGAAAAUAAAGAUACCAGCUGGAACACCAAACAGAACUGGUGGAGGAGGAGCAGUAUCUAAAGGACAAACUAAAGGAGGGAAGAGGAGAAGGCUAAGCCAAGGGACGACAAGUAAAAAGAAGAAAAUGAGGACAUCAUCAGUAAAAGAAGGCUCACAGUUAAAGUCUAGCACUAAAUCGUCUAAUACCACAAGCGACAUGAAACCAAAGUAUGUAUUCUCCACCCAGUUAGCUAAUCAAGCUGCUGAAGCUGUCUGGAGAGGGAAAUUUGAGAGCGUUAUUAGUUUUCACAAAUCCCAGCAACAGGUAAAAGGCCCAAAUAUGCUAAGACUACCGAGCAAAGAGAGUCUCGGAGGCUCUAGAAGCAUGUGGGAGACUAAUGGACGCCUUAACUUAAGACCAAGAUCCUCAAUAUCUAAGAGUGGCAAUAACAGUACUAAUAAUAGAGGAAAGAGAUCUGUGAGGGAUCUCGGGGGGAAUCAGGGGGAGCUUAGGAGAUCAAAGAGACUAGCAAAGACCAAAGAAGACUCGGAAGAAGAUGAAUCAGAAGAUGAAGAGGAGGAGGAGGAGGAGGAGGAUGAAGAGGAGGAAGAGGAUAACAAGAGAGACAAAUCCAAAUUAGUCCGAUCUUCUGUUCGGAGGAGACGCUCUCCUCUAGUACCUGAUGAUAUAUCCACUCCAUCAUCAGACGAUGUGACCUCAAGUGCCUCUGAAGGUAACGGAGAGCAAGAGGAGGAGGAGGAAGAAGAAGUAAAGGAGGAAGAGAAAGAGGAGAAAAGAGAUUUAGAAGAGAAAGUACCUAGCUCAGAGUCCCCUCCUCCUAAUGAUAGCCCUGAAUCAGUCAAGUCUCUACAUAUGACCACGUCCCAGCCACGCCCACCGGAUCACAAAGACUCAUCUCAUGUUGCCCCUAGCAACCAAACCCCAUUACACACGCCCGCAGGUACUCCUAACCAGCCUCCAUCAAAAGAAGAGGUUAAUUAUACAAUAUGUCACGGUACACCCGAAACCAGACUAUCAUCAGCUGAUAUUGAACACACCUCGGGAGUCACUUCGUCUCAGCCACACCCACAACUUCCUAUUGUUACUAAACACGGUAGCGUCGCCAUGGCAACUAGUGGGAACAUCUCUAGCGGUCACAUGACCUGGAGUGGUGGGUUUCCUCAUUCCCAGCUGCACGGUCCUUAUUCUCAGUUAUAUAACAAGAUCCAGCCACCAGGGGCUGUCUACUCACAUCAACCAUAUCCGUAUCAGGUCACAUAUCCUUGGCCCCACCCACCUGAGCACAUGGAGCACCCUCACCAAUUAUCAAUCACACCUGCUGCCUUACAAGGGAACUGGCCCGCUCCUCCCACUACGUAUCAUCAGACAAAAGACGUUGGCAAUAAAACCUCUUCCAGCUCAUUGUCCUCAAGAUCUCAUUAUUACUCGUCAACUGGUAAGCACUCUUCUUCCUCUCAUCAUCACUUAGCGUCAGCCACGCCUACUCACCCUCAUUUCCCUUUUCCUCAGCCAGGGGGAGGGGGAGGAGCUUCGGUUAAUCCUCAGUAUAGUUUUGAGUCACAUCAUCCUUCCCUUGCUGCCGCUGCAGCAGCUCAUGUGUGGCCCUCACAUCAGUUGCCCCACCCACAGUUACACUCUCUCAUGCCGGCAGCCGCCCACACUACUCACCUGACCCCUCAGGGCAUCCCAUGGUCGCCUUAUUCUCGUCAUUUACAGGGACCUGUUGGACACCAUCAUCACUUGAACAUUGGGCAGCAGGAAAGGAUCUCUCUCGCCGAUAAGAGUAAAGCCAAGGAGGGAAAGAGUGGCGAAUCCAAAAUUAAUUCUAAUAGCAAUAACAAUAAUAAUAAUAAUAAUAAGAAAACUAGAUUUUCAUCAUCUUGGUUUCCUCCUACAAGAUAAUAUUUAUCAUUAGUUGUUACACUCUUUCAUUAUUAUUAUCAUUGUGAAUGCUUAACACAUACACAUUUCUUCCCCUCAUUAUGAUAUACUAUAGAGACUCUAUAACUGAGCAAUCCUCUUAUGUGAAAUGAUUACCAUUAUUAUCAUCAUCAUUAAUGAUUUCUUUGAUUUGAUUAUUUACUUAAACUUCAAUUCAGUCUUAUUAGUUUC